AUGCCCACCUUUGCGACGCAGCGGCAGCUGGCCAACCACGCGGGCGAGCCGCUGCUGUUUGAGGUGCAGCUGCUGCGGGUGGGCGGCGUCAACCUGCCACGGCGCAGCCAGCCGGCACAAAACCAGCAGCAGCAGCCUAUGUGCGGCUGCCUCAGGAGCGGGCCUUGCUGA